AAUGCCGAAACCGGCAUCAAUUGGGUGAACAAUAGUGCCAUCCAGUCACUUAUCGGAAAAAUCUUUGACCGGAUCAAUCACAUCGAUAUCGUAAUAAUGGGCGAGCAUGACUUGGUGACCCGAUUCGGAGAUCAAAUCGAUGGUCUUGUUCGCCGGCGGGAGGGAGUAUUUUUCGGCAAGUCCGUUCGAAUCUAUGGCGGCCAACUGCUUCUGUCCGAAGACUAUCCCGAGGGAUGUUUCGGCGAUACGUCGAUUCUUUCCGCGACGAUUGUAGAUCCGGCUGUUUCGGUAGACUUGGACACACUGGGCGUAAUCGAUCGCGACUAUUCGGAGAAAUCCAGUUUUAUUCAAUGGGACAGUUCGUACAGGUCGUUCGCCAAGAUCUGGGACCAAAACCAUAACGACGGAUAUGUGGUGUUUUCGAGCGGUGAUACGUUCGAAACGACGUUGAAGUGCUUGAUGGAUCCAAGGGGGACGUAUUUGGUGUCGUUAGAUGACGAGGCGGAUUUCGGUGUGGGCCGAAUGUUCAAUCUGAUGAAUUCGUUGUGGUUACACUCGGGAUCUUAUCGGUUGUUCUUUAUGAAAGAUGAACAAAUCUACACUUUUGACCCAUUUGCAAUCAAUGGGACAGGCUAUGGGGCAUUGAUUGCGGUGAAAGAGGCACAGGACAUUCCAGAGAUACCCGAAAGUAACUUCAACGGUUAUCCAUUGAGGAUUGACAUCUUCCGAUCAACGUAUUCAGAACCAGCGGCGCAAAGCGCCAAUGCAACUAAAACUGUAUUCGAGGGUGCAGACGUGGAAGUAAGCCGAGUGUUCGCUGAAGUUCUAAACUUUACAGCAAAGUACAUGCCUCCGGAUAAAGAUAAUUUUGGAGUACAGCUACCGAAUGGCAGUUUCAACGGUGUUAUCGGACGUCUAACGCGCCAUGAGAGUGACAUUACAUUCGUGGGAUACUUUAUCAAAGACUACUUCAGUCGGGAUAUCGAGUUCACCAACGGGAUCUACACCGACGAACUUUGCUGCAUUGUAAGAAAGGCCAGUCGCAUCCCGGAGUACCUGCUUCCGAUCACUAUUUUUCCAGCAGAUCUCUGGGCUCUGCUUUUCCUGAUGGGCAUUGUUUGUUCCAUAGUUUGGAUCAUUCUGCGAGCUGUUAUUCAGCUGAGUGUGCCAUCUCGAACUGGAUGGGUUCAGAAACGACGUUUUGCCUAUCUGUUCAACCUGUCCAAUGAAAUCAAGAAUGCUCCCUUGUAUCGAAAGAUGGUUCAAAUUUGCGUUGAUACUUAUCUGUUACUGUUAAGUGCUCCCUACAUGCGAUUCACACGAUCAGGCAUCGAACGCCUGAUGCUCUUCGGAAUCAUGAUGGUCAGCUUGGUCUUCGUUUCCAUGUUUCAAUCGAGCUUGUCGUCCGUAUUUUUGAACCCCGUCUACUACAAAGACAUCGACAGUCUUCAAGGGUUGGACGAAUCCGGAAUAACCAUACCCGUCAAAUACAAAGGAUACAUGGAUGAUGUUUUCCCGGCUAACUAUAGUCCGACGAUGGAUUCGCUGCGAAACAAGAUGGUGCUGGAUGGUGGCAAAGAAUCAAUGCUGGCUAAGGUGGCCCGUCUGGGGACGAUCACCACAAUUACGCGUAAGACGACCCUAUCCUUAGACAAUGCCGUGUACAUCUCCACAAAGCAACUGUUCAUGAUACCCGAAUGUCCACGAUCGUACAACUUGGCCUACGUGGUGCCGCGCCACUCGGUGUUGCUGGAGAAGGUCAACAUCGUGCUGUCGUGGAUGCUGAACGGUGGGUUGAUCAACCAUUGGAUCAACGUGAUGAACUUCAAUGUGUCGAUCAAAGAUUGGGAGCAGAUUAGGCAAACAGAGGCGUCGAAUUUCAAGGUCUUGACGCUGAUUGAUAUGCAGUUUCCGUUCUAUCUGUUAGUGAUUGGAUUGAUUCUGAGUACAGUAGUUUUUAUUGGUGAACUCAUGCAUUUCAGAUUUGCGAAAGCGAAAAUAACGGGCAAUGAGAAAUAUCUGAGUCAGAACCGCGAGUAG